AUGAACUGCAAGCAGAUCGCCUACCGACAUGAAAUGAUGACUUCACGGCGAGAUUGCUCGUCCUUCACUCGAGUCGGCGGGCAGCUUCCUACUCAUGCUUAUAAGGUCGACUACUUCCUCAACCCUCACCUCGACCCCAACUACUCCACAAGACCCGUCGACCGAGACCGCGUGUGGGACCCCAAGACCCGCCGGCUCUCAAGGCUGUCGGAGCUCGACCCGUCAGACUUCUUGCACGCACCGGCAAAGACCGUAAAGGAGGAGAAGCGAGAGCUCUGGGCGCUGUUUGAGGGCGCCAAGGCGGUAGGGGCGGUGGUAGAGACGAAGGCGCCAGAGGCAGAGCAGCCGAGGCGGAAGUCGUCAUUGAUGGAGGCGGAGAGGAUGCGAGAUGCGUUGAUGGAGCCCUUGCCUGGUGGGAAUAGCGGGGUUGAUGCUUUUGAUCUGUCAUCGUUAAGUGGAGCGGAGCUCAUGAAGCUUGAAACGCAAUUUGAGCAUUUGACUAAGGAUUGA